AGCAGCUUGACUUGUGAACGCAGUGCCCCCACGUAUCCCACCGUCCAACGAAGCCAUCUCUCGGACCUUCCAACCGCCAUUCAUGCUUUUAAUUAAUUAAUCAACUGUUCUCAAAUCACGACUACAUUCACUUCGUCACGUUCAUCUCUCUAUACUUAAUUAUAUAUAUAUAUAUAUACACACACACACACGGCCAAAAAGUAGUGGUAUUUAUUUUUCUGGAGUGUUGUUCUUUAUGAAUGCACAAUUCUACUACUACUUUAAAAAAAAAAAAAAAAAAAAAGAGGUACUAAAGAAGAUCCAAUUCAAUAAUGGCAGCAAAUCUUGGAUCACUCAGGCAUAGUUUUGUAGAGAGGAGCAAAGAAAGAUUGCUAUCGAGAGGCGGAUCGUACAGUCGCGAUGAGGGUGUUCGCUUUAGGAGUUUUCGAUCAUUGGGCGAUAAAUUCAGAGAUUUCUGGAGACAUGUGCAAGAAUUUGCAAUCAAGGCAUGGGAAAUGGGUCGCUCCGAUCCUCGAAACCUCAUUUUCGCUGCCAAAAUGGGUCUCUCCCUCGCAUUCGUAUCCAUCCUCAUAUUCUUGAAAGAACCACUUAGCUAUAUGGGAACAUCCUCAGUCUGGGCAAUCCUCACUGUCGUUGUAGUAUUUGAAUUCAGCAUAGGAGCAACUCUUAACAAAGGAUUCAAUCGUGCUUUGGGGACAUUAUCAGCUGGAGCGCUUGCUCUUGGCAUAGCAGAACUAUCUCUGUUGGCUGGAGAAUUUCAAGAAGUUUUUAUUGUGAUCAGCGUAUUCCUUGCAGGAUUUUGUGCGAGCUAUUUGAAAUUGUACCCUGCGAUGAAGCAAUAUGAAUAUGGGUUCAGGGUGUUUUUAUUGACGUAUUGUAUAGUACUUGUUUCGGGGACUACAAGUUUUGUUCAAACAGCUGUAUCUCGACUGUUGCUAAUUGCAGUCGGGGCUGGUGUUUGUUUGGUUGUAAAUAUUUGUGUUUAUCCCAUUUGGGCUGGUGAGGAUUUGCACAAAUUGGUGGUGAAAAAUUUCGAUGGGGUUGCUACUUCUUUGGAAGGUGUUGUUAAUGGGUAUUUGCAAUGCGUUGCAUACGAGAGAAUACCUUCAAAAAUUCUUACUUACCAGGCUUCUGAUGACCCAAUGUAUAAUGGAUACAGAUCUGCUGUGGAGUCUACAAGCCAAGAGGAUUCUCUGUUAAGCUUUGCUAUUUGGGAACCACCUCAUGGCCGGUACAAAAUGUUCAAUUAUCCUUGGAGUGGAUAUGUCAAAUUGAGUGGUGCGUUAAGGCAUUGUGCAUUCAUGGUCAUGGCAAUGCAUGGGUGCAUACUUUCGGAAAUCCAGGCAGCACCUGAAUUAAGAUUAGUUUUCCAGAGCGAACUUCAGAGGGUUGGCACUGAAGGAGCUAAAGUGUUGCGUGACCUUGGCAACAAAGUAGAAAAGAUGGAGAAAUUAAGCCCUGUAGACCUGCUCGACGAGGUGCAUGAGGCUGCAGAAAAGUUGCAAAUGAAGAUAGACCAAAACUCAUACCGUCUGGUCAACUCUGCUACCUGGGAAAAUGGAAAACAGCCUAAUGAAUUUGACGAUCCCGAUAAUUUUCAAGAGGUGAAGGAUAAUGAAAAGAAACCAAUGGUGAUACACUCUCUCAGUGAAUUAUCCCUCAACCUAAGAUCAGCUCACACAUUAAGAAUCUUGGACCCGCAGAAUCCAAGCAUGAGCAUCAAUCCCUCCCUUUCACAACUAGGUUCCUCAGAAGAUAUGUUGAAGAAUCAGAUACAAUGGCCUUCACGUCUCUCGAUUCUUGGUGAUACCAUUCUCAAUGAACGCGAAGUAAGGACAUUUGAAAGUGCAAGUGCUUUAUCAUUAGCUACAUUUACUUCCCUGUUGAUUGAGUUUGUUGCAAGGCUUCAAAAUCUUGUGAACUCAUUUGAAGAGCUUAGUGAGAAGGCGAAAUUUAAGGAACCUAUAGACCCACCUGAUGCAAAAGAGGUGGUCAGUUUCUGGACCAGGCUGCUUAAGUGCCUUUGUUUCAAAGAUUGAUUAAUUUUAUGUUUUUCACUGGUUUGAGAUCAUUUGUUUGGCCCUUUGAUUCAUGGGUAUUCUUUACAAUCAAGCCUUGAAGUCUGAAGAUUAGCUCGAAAAAAAAGAAAAAAAAAAAAAAUGUCUGAAGCUUGUUUGGGAAACUGAGGUUUGAUUGGGUUUCUUUCGUUUUUAGUUACAAUCAGGUAAUGAAGAUUGUUUGGGAACUGAAGUUUGCUUGUGUUUGUAUCUAGUAAAUUAUCUUGUUGAAAGGAAAGGCUGUAAGGAAGCAUCUCUUGCCUAGAGGUGACUGUGGGUUGCUACAAAUAAGUUACAGGACAGUAUUCUUUUGUAUACAA